AUGGAGACUUUAAUUCCCGUUAUCAAUAAGCUUCAAGAUGUAUUUAAUACGGUUGGGAGCGAAGCUCUUCAGUUACCUCAGAUCGUGGUAAUCGGUAGCCAAAGUUCAGGGAAAAGUUCAGUAUUGGAGAAUAUUGUUGGUCGGGACUUCCUUCCAAGGGGUUCUGGGAUUGUCACCAGGAGACCAUUAGUUUUGCAACUAGUUCAUGUGAACGAAGGAGAAGAUGUGGUUAGGAAGGAGGAGGGUGAUGGAGUUUCCACUGAAUGGGCCAAGUUCCUUCACAAGAAGAAUGAAAUUUUUGUCGAUUUUGACCUAGUCCGUGAGGAAAUCAUGAAAGAGACUGCUCGUCUGGUUGGAAACGGGAAAAUGGUGAGCUCGGAAGCGAUUCACCUUAAGAUAUAUAGUCCGAAGGUUCUCAACUUGACUCUGGUUGAUCUGCCGGGCAUCACGAAGGUUCCAGUUGGUGACCAACCGGAGGAUAUUGAGAAUCAAAUUAACGCUUUGUGUCUGCACUACAUUUGCAAUCCAAAUUGUAUAAUACUCGCAGUCACUCCUGCCAACGCUGACAUGGCCACUAGCGAAUCGUUAAAACUCGCCAAGGAAGUCGAUCCUGAAGGAAGACGCACACUUUGCGUCCUUACCAAGCUGGACCUGAUGGAUCACGGCACGGACGCCCAUGAUCUUUUGAUGAAUCGAGUUGUUCCAGUGAAAUUGGGGAUUAUAGGCGUGGUUAAUCGUUCUCAGGCGGAUAUCAACGCGAAGAAAUCUAUCAUUGAUGCCCUGACUUAUGAGGCCUCCUUCCUACAACGCCGCUACCCCUCGCUUGCAAGCAGAAAUGGUACUAUCUAUCUCACCAAGACUCUUAACCGGCUCCUGAUGCACCACAUUAGAGACUGUCUACCCGAGUUAAAAACGCGUGUUAACGUGAUGACAGCCCAAUUCCAGACUCUUCUCAACUCCUUCGGUACUGAGGUGGAGGACAAAGGGCAGCUGUUGCUUCAAAUAAUUACGCGGUUCAACACGGCCUACUGCAAUACUAUCGACGGUGUCUCGAAAGAUAUCGAGACCUCCGAGUUGUGUGGCGGUGCACGCAUCUGCUAUAUCUUUCACGAAAUCUUCUGCAGUACUUUGGGUCGUAUCGAUCCCCUUGGGGGUCUUAAUACUCUGGACAUCCUCACGGCUAUUCGAAACUCCACGGGUCCUCGACCAGCACUCUUUGUGCCCGAGGUCGCAUUCGAAUUGCUCGUGAAGAGGCAAAUCCGCCGAUUAGAAGAACCUAGUCUUCGGUGCGUGGAACUUGUUCACGAGGAGAUGCAGAGAAUCAUUCAACACUGCGGAACUCAGCAAGAAAUGUACCGGUUCCCGAACCUGCACGAGCGGAUAGUGGACGUUGUCACCUCGCUGCUGCGUCGUCGACUUCAACCAACAAACGAAAUGGUUACAAACCUUGUUGCCAUCGAGUUGGCCUACAUUAACACCCGUCACCCCGAUUUCACUGAGGAACUCAUGCUCCAUCGACAGCAGGCGCCACCGGGCCUCAACAACCUGGCCUUGAGCGAUGGACCGUCGCAAACCCAGGCAGCCAGACGAACUCAGCAGUCAGCGGCAGGACGGCGUCCGAACGCGGUGCCCGCGCAGCGAUCCAAUGACGCACUCCAGGAGGCCGACUCAUCUGACAGUGCUAACUUCUCGGGCUUCCACGCGGCCCCUGACAUCCAAACCCAAGUCCAACAACAUCAGCUAACUGCUACGGAGAAGCGCGACUGUGAUUUAAUCAGCCAACUGAUUCGCUCCUAUUUCCAAAUUGUGCGCAAGAACAUCCUCGACUCGGUGCCGAAGGCGAUCAUGAACUUUCUGGUCAACUACGUGAAAGACAAUUUGCAGUCGGAGUUGGUGAGCAGUUUAUACAAGAUCGAUGAGUAUGACGGAUUGCUGAAGGAGAGCGAGAACGUGGCGCAACGACGAAGGGAGGCCUCAGAGAUGCUCAAGGGACUUCAACGAGCCAAUCAGAUCAUCAGUGAAGUCCGGGAGGCCCCAAUGUGGUAA